AUGAUCUCUCCCGCGUCAAUCGCUCUGCCAUACUCGAAGGAAUUGGCAGGCUUCAGUGCCCCAAUGGAAGGUGUUGACAUCUUCUACCACUUCAUUGGUUUCUUUGCAAGUCAAGCAGAGUUGGAUUCUGGGAUGAGGUUCCUUUACUGUGCAGCAUGUGUGUGCUAUAUCCUUGAUGACUGGUCCACAGUGAACAUUCAUACUAUGGCUCAGUAUAUCCACUCCUCAACUACCCAAGUGAAGAUCAUCUGCCUGGGGGAGCAUGAGGAGAAUCGAGUGGCUUGCUCUGAUGCUCGGGAAUAUUCUUGUGGCAAGAUCUGCAACCGUCUUCUGGCUUGCACACGACAUGUGUGUCAUUUGGAGUGCCAUGUUGUGGAAGGAGCUCCUAAUUCUGAUCAAGCUGGAAAGAACUGUGAAAGCUGUGAGCGGGACUGUGAAUUGCCCCGCCCUGAAGGCUGCCAGCAUCCAUGUAAGAAGGGCAAGUGCCAUCCUGGUGAAUGCCCACCAUGUCGACAGCCCAUGCGGAUCCUGUGCCACUGUGGCCUCACCCAACUUUAUGUCCGCUGCUGUGAGUGGAACAACUCUGCUGAUGCCGACCGCAAUGCUCAGAAGUCAUGCAAAAACCAAUGUCCUAAGCAGGAACUAGAACUGAAGCAAGAGAAGGAGCGGGAAGAAACUGAACAACGAGAGAGAAAGGAAGCUGAGCUCAUCCAAAGGAAGUUGGAAGGAGCACGGAAGAAACGAAAACCCAAGAAGAGUGUUUCAGAUGAUGAUUCUCUCCAAAAGGAUCGUUGGUGGAAGGACACUAAAAUUAUAUUAUCUGGGGCCUUUCUAGCUGCUGCUUUUGCCAUUGGCUUGUAUUUUUACAUACAGUAAAGUGUGCCACACAUUUCAUCUGUGAUGAGUAGCUCUGAGUUUUCUACUUCCUUUUCAUUCCUGAUCAUUGCACUCCUGGUUGCUGGUUCCGUAUUUUGAGAGUUGGUGUGAAAUUGGGUGGGGUAAUGAUGAGUUAUCAGAGUGCAUGUGUUCCUACAUAUGUUUCAUUCACUCAAAGAAAAGCUAAUAACACAAGCAGAUAUAAUUUUUUAGAGUCAUAAAGAUAUCCAUGGUGCACACAGUAAUAUGGUCACAAUCUACAAAAAAAAAAAACCUGAAAGGCACAUUGAUUCUGAAUUGCACUAAAUCAAUAUCACAGGAAAUGAUGAUCUUGUAGACAGAGUUCCCCACAAAGUGUGCAUGCAGCCUCAAGGUUUUCCUCAACUGCAGAUUCACUUUACCUUUGUUUGACCCCCUACUCCUCACACGCAUUACCAUCUGUCUUAAAGUUGGUAGCUCACCUGGAACAACCUAUCUUACUCCCUCUCCAACUUUUUCAUGAGCAUUGAAACAAAACCAUCUGAGUAGAGCUAGGAGUAGCAAAGAUACAGUUAAAAUCCUGCUCUCUUCUCAAACUCUACAAACUUCCACCACUAGUUUGUUUGCUUUGAGAAAUUUUUGUGGGGAACUCUGUUAUGACACUAUCCUCAGCUGUAGUACUUGUCUGCACUCUUUUCCAAUGCAUCCAAAAUGGCUUUCCUGUAUGAAAAAAAAGAUGCAUUGUAUACAUCAUCCAAGAAUAAAAAAAUAUAUGUUUCUGCUA